GAUUGCAUAUAAACCUGAUAAAUGAUGCGGAACAUAUUUUUUAUUAUAUCGAUUCUUGGCAAGGUUUAUACUGAAUCGUGUCCAAACUACUGUGAAUGCGUCUAUGAAAACCAAACCAGUCGAUAUACUGGAGAGUGUACAGGAGAGCAACUGACUUAUAUACCAAAAUUUCCUAAAUAUAUUACGGAUAUUGUGUUCAUCAAUAAUUAUUUAUACACUUUAUCCAGAAUAACAUUUAGAAAUAUAUCAAGUCUGAAUAUAACUCAUUUAAAUCUGAAGGAAAAUAGGAUAACAGUUAUUGAAAGAAAUGCGUUUCAAGAUUUGAAAUUCUUGGUGCGAUUGGAUAUAUCUGGAAACAAUGGAACUACCCUGAUAGAUGUUAGGGUGAGCCUGCACAACUUACCGAAGUCAAGCAUCCAGGAACUGGGACUUAACCAUAUGCUCUGGAUUCCACUUAAAAAUAUGUCUGGUAUUUUCAGCGGAUUAAUUGGAAGCAAAAUUAACAGGAUAGAAUUAAGUCAUAGUUACUUAUAUCCCUUUGAUGGUACAUGGUUCGCCAAUCUUCCUUCCUUGCAGCAGCUGGACAUUUCAUGGAAUUCUAUAACUGAUGAUUUACAAUUGUCUGGACUUUCGAAUCUGACACGUUUAAACUUAAUAGGGAACUACUUCAAUUUUGUUCCAAACUUUUGUGAAUACAAGUUAUACAAGUUAAAGACAUUACUUCUAUCUAACACUAAAUUGGGUACUUUAAAGCAUUUAAAAAACCAUACUCGAUGUUUAAACAAACUGGAAAGACUUUUUUUGAACGGAAUAUCAGUACCAAGAAUACCAAAUAAUGCUUUUUCUGAUAUUACAUCUUUGAAAGAGCUGAAACUGAGGAAAUUGUCAACACAAAUGAAAAAGAUUGACCCGCUUGCGUUUAACAGCUCUUCUCUCAUAAAUCUAAGGUUUUCAAAAUGUAAUGGAUUCCUUUUCUUUCGAGGGUCUAUCAGUCAUGGACUAUUUGAUCCAGCAAAUAUUUUCAAAUACUGUCCAAAUAUUGAAGAUCUAGAUCUGUCUCACAACGUAUUAGAAUUUACACUUGAAAAGAUCAGAAAUAUGUUCACGCCAUUAAAAAAGUUGAGAGUGAUACGGCUGCGAUUUUUAAAUUUGGCAACUCUGCCAGGCAACUUCUUUUACCGUUUUCCAGAUUUACAAGAAAUACACAUAGACCAUAACAUAUUAUUGCCAUGGAAAGACGGUAACUCUAUUUUUCAUGGGUUAACACAUCUUACAGAACUGCAUUUACAAAACAAUAAAAUUGGGAUGAUAAAACCUACAUCUUUACCUGCUAAUGUAACUAAAAGUCUCCGUGUAUUAAAUCUUACAAACAAUCAGUUCAUUUGUACUUGUGAUCUUAUGUGGUUUCGAAAUUGGAUGAAAAAUACCCGCGUGGAUAUAAUUGGAAAUGAAAAGUAUAGAUGUGAUGAUAGAACGAGACUCAUAGAUUAUAACCCAACUGAGAUUGAAUGUAGAAACAUCAUACUAAUCAGCACGGCUGUCAUUGGAAGUAGUUUUUGUUUAUUUUUAUUCACUACUAUUCUCGUCUACUGUUGCAGAUGGCGUAUUCGAUUCCAAAUUUAUAAAAUGCGGUCACGAGCACGUUAUUAUCAGCAAAUUAAUGACGAAGAUUUCAAAUAUAGUGCUUACGUUAUAUAUUGUUACGAGGACAUCAAAUGGGUCAAAACUAAUCUCAUACCUAAAAUGGAAGAAGCGAUAGGAGUUAAGCUUUGUAUUCCUCACAGGGAUUUUGAAGUAGGAAAAGUGUUUAUUGACAAUAUUGUUGAUAACAUGAAUUUAAGUAAAACUGUCGUACCAGUACUUUCAAUUAACUUCACUAAAAAUGAAUGGUGUUUAUUUCAACUAAAUGUAGCUCGUAGCAAGUUAUCAAAAGAUGGUACUGUGUCAAUUUUGCCAAUUAUGCUUGAAGAAAUUCAUUUUAGAAAUAUGAAUGCAGCUUUAUACUCUUUGAUAAAAUUGUCAAGUUAUGCUGCAUGGAGUGAAGACGAAAAUGCCUUGGAACUUUUUUGGGAUCAGAUAAAAAGUCAUGUACAAUAAUUAUUUUGAUAAUUAAUCAAACAUUGAGCCUUAUGAUUUACCCACACAUUGUAUAUUCAUUCCCGCCGGUAAUUUAUUAACGUAAAAUAAAUAUAAGAACAGAGUUCAAAUGUUCUCCC